AUGUCUUUUGAGGUAAAUGUUCCUGGGAAGAUAGAUGGUGUUGGCCUGGGACGUGUAAUGGGGACCUGGCAUCCGGAUGCAGCUGAAAUAAAACCAUCAAUAGAAAGCUGUCUUACCAAAGCAAUCGCAGCUGAUGGAACCGAAUUUGUUUCAAAUAUUGGUCCUUCUAAAUGCUCGGAGCAGACGAAUUUCUAUGGCAGAAACCAAGUUAAACACUUUUUAGUAGACUUGUAUUUUCAAUAUAAAAUUAAUGUCAACAAGUCCGCGAGACCAGCAUUUGUGGCAAAUGAAAUAUUUGGAAUAACUGAUGUAGACGUCGUUUUAGAAACAGUUUCAGUUACAGGAAGAAAACAUUUAGUUGGCACAACACAAAUAAAGAAUAGUAAGGUAUCUAACCCAGAACAGAAUUACAAUGCUGAAAAAAUUGAAAUACCAGUACAACUCAAUUUGACACAAGGAGAAAGUUUAUGCUUGACUUAUCGUGCCAAAGGUGGAGGAUAUCUUGUAUCAAAGGACGUGACAACACGUGCAGAAAAACACAUACCGUAUGACAAAACUGAAAAAUCUAGGCAAAUUUGUUACAUUUUUGACGAGGAGCCACCAGUUUUUUGUCCAAAAAGUGGUAACUGUUCAGUUGAACCAGUUGAUCUUUCAAAACGAUUAACCACGUCGAGUCACAUAACAGUGUCAUUUCGUGGUUGGUCUGAUUAUGGAUCAUCGGUACUAGCAUCUGGGAUAGAAUCAUAUGCAAUAAGUGUGUACGAGGUUAAGGAAGCUACUCCUGAAACAUUAAUGAGGGAUACAACUGCCGUUGCAGGUCCACACAACUGUUCGAAAGAUGAAACAGAAGUUGACAUACAAUUACCAGAGAAAAAUCCAAUGUUAUACGCCGUGUUAUUGGAGGUGAAAGACAAAGCAAACAAUGUGGGAUAUGCACGGCGUUUUGUUUUGUAUGAUAACUCUUCAUACGUAGUGACGAAUGAUCGUAUACCUUUCAGAGUCGUUUCAGCUUCAAACAAAACAAACUUUACGUGGCAGGUGCAUCAUGGCACUAUCUGUUAUUCAUGGAAAAAUCGAUUUUUAAACAAUAGAUACAAAACGUACAAUCCACUUCGUCCAGUUAGGAGUGAAAACUCAAUACCAGGUGUUUACGAUCAAGUAUCUGGAUUAUUAACUGUGAAAGGUACGGAAAAUGUCAACGGUUUGACUGAUUUCUUCUAUGCUUUGAUUCGCAAUGUCCGAACUGUUGUAAGUUCUGGAAGAGUGAUGAAUUUUACGUCACAGUCCAUUUGUCUCAACCUUAGUAUGAACGAUGGUGACACAAUUGUACUCCGUCUCCAAGCCAGAGAUAUCAUGAACCAUACACUCAAUGAUAGUAUACAAGUUCAUAUCGACCGAUCUGUACCUGAAAUAGCUGAUAUAUGGUUAAUUCGCAAUGGAAAGAAACAGCUCUAUGUCCAUCAUAGUUCAGACUUAUCUACCAUUUAUCUAGAGUUUAAGGCAUUCGAUUUACAUAGUGGUAUACGGGAAAUCAAAUGGGCAUUUGGUGUCUACGAAAACAACACAAUUUUGAUAGAAAAAGCAAUAGCCGUAGAAGAAACCAACAAUUCGAGUUCUUGCAACAGUACAACGACUUGCUACUGUCCGAUGAUCGGUGAGUGUACAUCGACAGCGUAUGUUGCAGAACUGAAGAAGCUAAAAACCCUGAACCAACAUAACGGAAACCAUAACAGGAGAUAUUUCUUCACCGUUACAGCAACAAACAACGCUCAUCUUGUCGCUUACGACCAUAUUGACAUACUAGUUGAUGAGUCUCCUCCGGAAGUAGGCGUAGUUUUGGAAGGACUAAUCGGCAGUCCUGAUAUAGACUAUACAAGUAUAAAUGAAGUCACUGUUCAUUGGCACGGCUUUAUUGAUCACGAGAGUGGUAUAAAGUUAUAUAGAGUGGCCAUCGGUAAAGACUGCAUUCCAAAUUUGCAAGACAUGAUUAUCGGUAAUAUCAACGGUACUAUUGUACUAGAAACUGCUCACGAAUCUUCAAAAUUGAUCUUUCCAAAUGGUCAGGGUAAAUACUAUGUGACUGUUAUAGCUUUUAAUAACGCAAUGAGUCCGUCAAAGAAUGCUUGUUCUGACGGAAUAACAUUCGAUACAAGUGUUCCUGAAAUAGUCAACGUUAGCAUAAAACAUGCUCAGACUGUGGAAUCAAUCGGGUGCCUCAACGGCGUUCCUUGGCUAAUGACGGAUUAUCUGUCUAAAGUUAAAUUAGUUGGGAAUGAAUGUAGUAAUGUAUGUACAAACAAGAGCAACGACGACAUUUUUACUUUACUGCCAACUACAUUAGAAACUAUGAACGAAAAUAAUUCCGUAUCAACAUUUUUGUGUCGCACACUUAAAUAUUAUCAACUAAACUAUAUCUACACUCCAACGGAUCUCUUUCAAAUCACGUGGAACGUCCGUGAAGAUCAUAGUCAGAUAGCCCAUGUUUAUGUAGGGUUUGGAAAAGAAAUUUCCGAAAUUGAUAGUCCGGACUUAAUGGGUUAUUCCAAAACGCAUCAUCUAACAAGCUACACCCAACAUCACCCAGGUCUUAUAGGAGAAGAAAAAAUAUUCAUAUUCAUCAAAGUGCAAAACAGAGCUGGCCUAGACCAGAAGAUUUGGUUUGGACCAAUAUUAGCCGAUGAAACACCACCAGUCUGCCAGUAUAUUCCAAAGCCCGUUAUUGAUAAUGGUUAUGUGAUUGUUAAAUGGGACAGGGGAGACGUUUAUGACACCGAACAAACAGAAGAAAUAGGAUCAGUUAUGUUUCGUGUGGGCAUAGACAACAGUUACAUCACACCUUUUCUAGAGUGGAAUAUAAAAUCACACGGAGGGCAGUGUGGUCUACUUCACCAGUGCAUCAAAUACCCAGUCAAAACGUUACAAGUGUAUGAUUCCGAGAACAGUUUAGAUUUCUAUAUUCAAAUGCAUGUAUAUAACUAUGCUGGACAUUAUUGCAGUAUAAAUACACCUUCUUUCAAACUACCCAAUAUAAUUCCACCCAGAAGUGGGGUAGUUUUAGAUGUUUAUCCUGGAAGUAAACGACCUUACGAAGAUGUAGACGUUUUACAUGACGCUAAAGUAUACUGUUUUGUAAUGAAAGGUUUUACAAAUAAGGACAUACAAUUUGAAGUAGGAGUCGGAACUGUUUACAAAUUGGAUGAUGCAAUAGCUUUUCAUGUGGUCAAUGCAACCAAUGAAGAAAGAAAGUGCGAAUCUAUGGUGCAACUUAAGACAGACAAACAGUAUUAUGUGACAAUCAGGGCAUCAAAUACAAAUCGGGAAAUAUACAGAGUAUCGUCCGAUGGGUUUUUGAUAUUAAACGGUACCACAGUGACGUCAUCUUUGACAAUACAACAUGGUAUUCGAUGUGACAAAGACAACCAAAUGAACAAAUGGAAUAUAUCAAUACCCAAAAAUGAACUAAAACUGUCUAAACCUUUAAAACAUGGUGUCUAUUAUUCUUUAGUAACGGACUCCAGGAACAAACAAUUUAAAAUUACAAAUACUGAUGUAAUUAUGAAAUAUCACGGACAAAAUUCCGAUCAGGUGAUAAAAACAUUCAUGCCAAUAGUUUCCGUCGCAAGCAUAUUCAUCGAUAUACAAAGUAACCAUUCGGAUCUUUCGUCCUACAUGACAUUAUAUCUUCAUCAGUGUGAUCCGGAUAUGGGAAUACAAUCAUCUACAUCAUUAUUACCUGUGUUCUGGUCAAUUGAUAAAAAAUACGUACAAUAUCUAUCAAAUUAUGAGACAGGAUUAUGCAAAAUGACGAACAAUUCUACUUGUGAUAACAAAAUACUGUAUGAUUCGGUUGGAACAGACAGCUUUAAAUAUUUUCUUGGUAAUUUAAGGGAAGGAGCUUAUAAGGUGUUUGUGAAACCGUGUUUCGGAUUUAAUUGUCUUUUACAUUCUAUUUCUAACGAAAUUGUUAUUGAAAAAGUAAAAUCCGUAGACUUGAAAGUUCAGGCCACGCUUCAGUCUGCUUAUCAUUGUAUUAAUACAACUGUAAAAUGGGGGAAAUCACCCUGCACCGUAUUUUACAAAGACACCUUCCCUGUCGGUUACAGAUGGUCGUUAUUUGAGGAUGAAGGAAAUACAAUGCUGACUGACUGGGAGUCCGUCCUAGGAGAUUUUACAAAUAAAUCACAUUUUAAGGACUCUGCUUGUCUUGAUAUACCAGUUUAUCUACAUCAUGCGAUAUAUGUUUGUUUAGAAGCAUUCUGUCCAUCAGGAGAUAUCAGCCGAGUUUGCAGCAGAUCUGCUGUGAUAGACGACCCAAACAUCUAUGAUAAAAAGAUCGUUUAUGAUCUGAAUUUCAAUAAUCCAGUCGUUAAGCGCAUUGCAGAGUUAAAACAUAGUUCUAACAUUGGAAAAUAUUUGACAGUUCUUCACGACAAUGAGAUAGAUUUUGUCGAACGGAAUGUUAAAAUAGCAGGCUUCAUUCUUGGAGUAUUCGACGUUUCUGUCCGAUGGUUUCUUAUGAAGAAUAGUCAAAUUCCGUCUAUUGAUUGCUCACAUGAUUCGUCGUGCUUGUUUUCAACAAAUACAACAACUGGUUUCGUAAAUUUUGAUAAUCCAUAUUUAAAGGAAAAUGGAUUAUUGUAUAUAUGCGCUGUAACAGAUUCGUUUGAAGGUUGUAGUGAUGGAUUCCUUGUUGAUGAUGACCUACUCAAGGGUGGCCAAGUUUCCAUAUUAUCAAGAAAUGGUUAUGUAAUUGAAGGCUCAACAAUCAGUAUUCAGUGGUCAGGAUUUUAUGGAAAUUCCAAAGGAGUAGAUCUCGGAUAUCAAAACGCGAUAGCAUUUUACCAAUACGCCAUAGGUACUAGUAUUGGUGGACAUGAUGUUCAACCGUUUACCACAGCUGGUCUGACAGACUUUGUUGUGGUACCACACUUGCAAUUACAAUCAGGACAAGUAUAUUAUGCUACUAUACGAGCUUUUGAUCAGUUGAAUCGGUCUGUUGAAAGACAUUCAGAAGGCGUUAUUUACGACAACACCCCACCUUCAACUGGUACAACACAAGUAGAAGGAGAAUUUACUUAUGUCGUAAAAACUGAUCAAAUUGCGGUACAGUGGUUUGGGAUUGAGGACAAGGAGAGCGGCAUCGUACAAUUUGAAAUAGGAAUAGGUUCUACAAACAACUCUGCAGAUAUUGUGUCAUUCCACAAAGCUGAAAUAUUUACAGAGCUGAAUGGAGGCAGUCGAUUAGUUGACGGACAUCAGUAUUACGCUAUCGUUAAGGCGACAAACGGAGCUGGUCUUUACUCACUGUCUGUGUCUGCCCCGUUCUUAGUUGAUAGUACAGGCCCACUGAAAGGCCAGGUCAUGGACAUUUCUCCCGACAACAUGCAAGGUGAAACAGAUGUUACGGACAUAGACUACCAGAGAAAUACAACAAGUAUAUCUUGUAAGUGGAGAGGAUUUCAUGAUCCACAUUCACAGAUUGAUAGUUAUCAUGUUGGACUUGGUUUAGCGGCUGGGAAUGACGAUAUAGAACCAUUGACAAACGUUGGUUUAAAAACCGUGAAGACCUGGACUUCAAAGUUUGUACAGGGAGUUAGACACUAUUGUAUAAUGAAAGCUUGUAACGGAGCAAAACUUUGUAGUCAUGGGUCCUCAAAUGGUGUAAUAAUUGACAACUCUGCUCCUAUACCAGGUUUAGUAGUUGUUGGAGAACCUGGAAUUCAUUCAAGAUACCAGUCUGAUAACUCGUCACUUCAUGCCACAUGGAUUGGAUUUGAAGACCCACAAUCCGGAAUCGACCAUUUUGAAGUAUGCAUAGGAACAGUACCAUUGUUAUGCGAUAUUAUGAACCGCUGGAAUGUCUCUUUGUCGUCUGCCUUUGUUAAAAGUCAACUCGAACUUAUAAAUGAUGUGCCUAUGUUUGUGACUGUAAGAGCCUGUAAUAAAGUGAAACUUUGUGUAAAAAGGUCUUCGCCCAGUUUUAUAAUAGAUGACACUCCACCGGUUUUAAUAACUCGGCCGUUUAUAGAAAGUGUAAACGUUUAUACUUCUGAUUUCCGACAAAUAAUAUCAGACCCAUCUUUUUUCAAAAUCUUAUGGAGAUUUGAAGAUGAUCGAAGUCCUAUUGUAAGAACUACUAUCACGAUCAGUAGCAUGUUAGACUCCCAUAUCCCAAUAUCGGACACUGUGAUAUCAAAUGAAAAUGUGUUUACUGUGAAAUUGGUAACAGACAAUCAGCUUCGUUUAGGAGACAUUUACGUUAUUAAGGUAACAGCUUGCAACGCUGCCUUACUGUGUAGCACUGCACAUAGCGAUGAAGUUCUGCUGGAUUAUUCUCCUCCACAAAUCGGGGGAUUUAUGCCACCUUUAAGUUGGGAAGUGAUUCAUGGGGCUUCUAACUUUAUAAGAUUUGAUCUAUCAUGGUAUGGAUUCAGUGAUGUAGAAUCCAAAAUUAAAACUUAUUAUAUAUCAAUAGGCUAUGAUUACAGUGGUGUAGACAUCGUUGGUGCGUAUAAAGUUAAACCGCCUCACCAAGAUGAGGGACGUAUGCAACACACAACCAUAAAUAUAAAUACUACAACAAAUCUACCUGAAAAGCUAGUUUUUACUAUCUGGGCAGAUAAUUAUGCUGGCCUUUCAAGUUCUCAGAGCAAAAUAACAACUGAUGUAGUAAGUUUUAACCGAAAUUAUACCCAGGGGAAUCUCGCUAUACAGAAACAUUCUUGUGUUGCAGAAUAUUGCAAUAACGAUUGCACCUGUGCUGUUAUUGGACAAAAAUGUAAAACCAAUUCACAACCUAAAUGUUUUAUUAAAACUGAUAACAAUGGAACCAGUUCCAUACGGGUACGAAUAAUUGUGCAGAACACCAAUACAAGUAUAGUUGGAUCGUCGUCAUGCUUAAGGUCUGAAUGGACAGACCACUUAAACGAAACAAUAUGGCGUUUCGAAUACACAUUUGGUAUACAGAACGAAAAGCCAGGUAGUGGUAUUUUUGAUUUAGCAAACGAAAACCCUUGGCGAGAUGUCGGAAAGGAGACACAAGCCAUUCAUUGUUUGUCUCCAAAACAUCAACUGGAACAUAAAACGAACUACGUUGCAUACGUUAGAGCAUGGUACUCGUUUACAUUAUAUAAGAUAUUCCAAUCGGAACCAGUCCUGGUCGAUCACACGUCACCUGAUAUACACAAAAGAUAUUUUGUUAUCGAUUCCAUAUCAAACUGUGAGGAGGAUGUGGAUUAUAUUCUAUCAACAGAUCUUGUAUUAUCCUGUUGGGAUGGUGUAUUUUAUGAUGACGAAAGUGGAAUCGGGAGUUUCAUGGUAUCAGUUGGAACUUCUCCGUAUGCGGAUGAUAUAGUGCGCAUGCAUGAUGUUGGUCACAAGACAAGAGCAGACUGGGCAGGCCUUACUUUUGAACCUGGAACUAGAUAUUUCACGACUGUUAGAGCAAUCAAUAAAAUUGGUCUACAAACCGAACUUAGCUCCGAUGGGUUUUUGAUUGAUGAUAUCGCGCCCAUUACUGGAAUAGUUUACAAUACUGGACAUUACAGGGACGCUAUUUACCAAUCUAUUAUUCAACCAGUUGAAUUUUCCUGGCAUGGAUUUGAAGACGAACAUUCUUUCAUUGAUUCAUAUUACGCAGGAUUUAUUGUUAAUGGCGAAGGUUCAUUGGCUAAUGAUUCCGUUAGUUUUAAAAAGAUAAAUAUUCACGACCACAUAGUUUACAAUGGGAAUCUCAAACACGGAGACACGAUUGCAGCCAUGGUAAAGACUAUUGACAAGGCUGGCCAUGAAAGUCCUAUUGUGACGUCAUUACCAUUAUUGAUUGACAAUACACCGCCUCAAUCAUUUGAAUGUACACAUUAUGAGAAAAUAUAUGAAAAACAUAUAACGGGCAAAGAUAGGUGGUUAGAACAAAGAACAUGUCAUAAAAACAGUGUUUAUAAGAUUAAAGUCUCUGUAACAGAUGUGCCAUUUGACUUUGAAGCUUUACUGGCAGUUGAUGAUAUGUCAAUAGUUCUACCUUUCGCUCGUAAUUCAGAUGGUUCUUUGGUAACAGAGUAUAACUUCUUUUCAUUUGAAACGGCAUUGAAACAUUUUUCCUUGGAUAUUUAUGGAGCUUUAAAAUCAACAACAAUGUUGAUAAGUGUAUCAAGAUGUUCUGCAAUAAAUACAGAAACACUGGAUAAUAAUACCGUUAUUACCCAACAAAUUUCAUCAAACGGAAUGUCCGUUUGUGUGCGAGCGAUUGAUCUAGACAGUGGCAUUAAGCAAGUCAACAUUGGAAUCGGAAGCGUCAACGGGGGAUAUGAACUACAAGCAAUGAAGUCAGCAAUGUCAUCAUCACAUCGUUUGCAUGAUAUUGUAGAGGCCAACCUGACACAUGGUGAACUUGUUUAUGUUCAAGCUGUAGUUAUAAACCAUGCGGGAUUACAAUCUCAAUUUACGUCGCAUCCAUUCGUUGUCGAUCAUACUCUUCCAAUAAUUCAAAGUUUAGAGUCGUCACUUUUGUAUGAAGCUGGUGACCAGAAUAAAACAUCCACCAGUGUACAUUUCAGAUGGCAAGUUAUUGACGACGAAAGUGAUGUUAAGUUUUGUGAAUAUUGUAUUGGGUUUUCAGAAUCUUCGUGCGGUAUCAUAGGUUGGACAGCUACAUCGUCUUUAUCUGAAUCUCAAUCAGAAGAUUUUAGAGUCCAACAUGGAAGCAGAAUAUUUCUUCAACUUCGCUGUAUCAAUGGGGUUCAAUUAUCUGGAUAUGCAUACAGCGGGCCGUUAGUGGUCUCUUACAAUUCACCAGAUAACAUUGGUUCGAAAGUACAGUUUAUAACAGACACUGGAAUAAAGAAUGUCACUGGAGACCAAGGCGAACUAACGUUCAGAUGGGAUUAUUUUAAUGAUCUGUCAGGAGUGAAGGCGUACUCAUUACGAAUGUCUACCAACAAUAACCUGGUCUUGGACAUUCAAAUCUCUAACAAGAAUUACAUUCGAAUAAAAAAUCUCCACUCGAAAAACAAGGAGCUAUACAUCAUUGACGUCAUAGGAACAAAUAUUGGAAAUAUAUCUAGCAACGCCAAACACGCAUCAGUUAGAUGUGAUUAUACUAAACCAUCAUUAUCAGGAAAAGGAUUUGACUAUGGCGUCAACUUUAUAGACUGGAAGGAAGUGUUUACGUCAACAGAUAUCAGUUCUUUCCAGGUAGCAAUAGGCUCUUCAAAAGGAAUGACUGAUAUAAUUAUGCCAACUACAACGACCGGACCCAGAAUCACCAUUGAUAUACCGCGUGAAUAUCAUGAAAUAAUUGCUGUUGUGACUGCCACAUCGAUCACAGGAAUGUCAACCACAUUUACACAAAUUAUUAAACUCUAGAAAGUCAAACAAAUGGACAGGUUAAGAAUAACCCAUUCACA